GUGAUUUACAGGAAUAGGGUGCAGCUCGUUACAGAGAGAAGGACUUGUUGUCCGACAGUCCCCAUGACUCGUUCAUCUGAAGCCAGUGGUGCAGAAGUGGACUGAUACAACAGUGAGACAGGAAUCAACAUGUAUAAUAACUGGGGAAAUGUUGGUCAGUAUUUCUACCAAACGUCCUCCUCUCCAGCAGCCAUUAAGUACCAUGGCCUGUUAAACCAGGGAGCAACAUGUUACCUGAACAGUGUGCUGCAGGUGCUGUUCAUGACUGACGACUUCAGAGAAGCUGUAAAACAGCACAAGCAGGAAAAUCCUGACACCGAGUGUAUUGAUUGUCAUCUUACACCCUUGUUUGAUGACUUGGAACAACAUGAAGCCUACACCUUUAAAAUCACGAACACGCUGGGCAUCAAGAGAGUGUAUGAACAGCAAGAUGCUGCCGAGUGCUUUGAGAAGAUUUUAGGUCUGACCAGUCCUGAGGCAUCAAAGAUCUUUCGUGGACAGUUGACGCGCAUGACUGAAUGUUCUACAUGUCAUAAUGGGACGGAAUCUGAUGGAGCGUUUUGGCAUCUUCCUCUUGAAUUGGUGGAGUCCUACAGUGACGACUACAGCGUGGUGAAUGGUAUUGAGGAGUUUUUCCGAGAUUCAGAUCUCAGCGGAGAAAACCAGAUGUACUGUGACGGGUGUGAUGACAAAUCUGAUGCUAAGAUUAAAUGUGCAAUAAAGGAUCAUCCAGAGGUUUUGAUGCUGCUGCUGAAGAGGUUUGAGUUUGACUACCAAUACAUGGCAUAUGUAAAAAUCAACUGCACUGUGGCUGUGCCCUACACACUACAGAUACCUGGGAAUCAGACGUAUGAACUGUAUGCGGUUGUGGACCAUUCUGGAGAUCUUAGAAGUGGGCAUUACACAGCAACGAUCAAAUCUCAAGAUGAUGAUAAAUGGUAUAACUUCAAUGAUUCAAGGGUCACAUUGCGUGAUUACCAGCCAUUCCAGGUGGAUAACUUUGAAAAAUCCAGCAGCGCUUAUCUUCUUUUUUACAGGAAGAAGAAAGUGCAUGCUGCUGAUACUUGCCCUCAAGACAUCACAGAGGUGUCCACUCCUGGAGGCUUCCCACCAGCUGACACUGAAAUCUAUUACCCGUGUCAAGAUGUUAUUGAGAUGAGAAGGAUAGAGAAUGUUGAGGUGGUAGAGGGCGUGAGUAAUGAACCUGCAGUGACUCUUUCCAUCAACACAAAUGAAGAAGCAGGAAUUAAAGAUAUCACUCCUGGGGUUAGAGGAGCAAAGCCAUCAGGAGUACCUUACAGCAUCAGUGUAGAGGGUCAGGGAGUUAAUGUGAGGCAGAGCUUAUCAUACAGUCAACAGGAGUGUGAUGAGGAAAGGAAAGACCUGAGGUAUCAUCCUCAAGACGCUCAUGCCGAAAAACAGAAAUAUGACAGGAAAGUUGUGACAGAUGAUGAGGAGGACAUAAGAGGAAAUGCAGAGUCUGAUGACCAGGCAGAAAAGAGAGGAACCUCAUUAAGAGAAACUCAACUUGAAGAGAGUGUUGACGACUGGGACAGUAACACUAUAGGAGUAGAUGGUGUUAGACACCAGGAGAGUCUGGAGGUUGCUGACAUACAUGACCCGUCAUAUGAGAGGUAUAAACAGGAAUCCAGCAACAGGCAUGUGAGAUGUGAUGAUCCUCAACAAGUUUGUGUAGACAUGCAGAGAGAUGAAGACAGGAUGGUGGUGGAUGUAAACAGAGACAAGGAUAGAGAGAUGGAAGGUAAUGAACAGUCAGAAUGGAGAGAGAAAGCCUCAGCAAAACACCUCAACAGGGAUGCAGAGCAUCAUGAGGACAAGGAAUUUGAUGUUAGAAAGGACACGCAUGGAGAUCUGGAGGGUACACAGGAUGUUGAACAAGAUUACCUGAAACGUGUUAGUGCAGACAGACAGGGCGAUAGGGACAGGAUGGAAAUAGAUUAUGACGUCGACAAGAAAAGAAAAUCAGGGGAAGAAAAACUUUUGACGAUAUAUGACCUCUGCGAUCUAAACAAUACAAGAGUUGGUGAUAGUCAACAGAACAUGCCAAAACAGGAUCAGGGGUGUAGACGAAGAAUUAGUAGCAGGUUUUAUCAAAGUCCUGAGCAACAGAGAGAGCAUAAAAGGGAUGUUAGGGGAGAGGAACGAAGCAGAGGAGAUGAUAAAUACGCACAAAUGAGAGAAACAUCCAUGAGAAAACCUCAACCCUGUGAAGAUAUAGAGAGAGGAUCAGAGUCUGUCAGACAGAACAGAUCGGAGCAUGUUACACAUACAACACCUAAAGAUGUUGUUGCAGCAAAACAAGCCAAGGAGCAGGAAAAGAAAGGAGAUAAGGAACAUAAUCAAACAAGAGCGGACUCUUCUCGUAGACGAGAGCGAUCGGCAGGUAGCAGUAGGUUGACAGAGGGAGUUGGCAGUGUUGAGAAGUCUCAUCCACAAGCAAGAACUGGAUCUAAUGAAUACACAAUGAAGGAAGGGCGUGGUUCAGAGCAGAAACAUAAAAUAUAUUAUGUGAAGAGAAUUGAGGAAGAAUUCAAGGAAACCAAUUGUGGUGUUCAAAGUCACAGAGAGACAAUGAACAUAGCAACUGUAGAAGUAGCCUCACAAGACUGCAGUAAGAGUGUGGUAAAAUAUGAUGAAGGAAAUGUCAAAAGAAAAUCUGAUCCAAAAACAGAUGCAAAGGCCCAUUUGUCAGAGGGUGUUUGCAGUUUAAAUCUGAAUGACUCACCUUUGCCAAAGCCAGAGAGACAUAGUACCAAACAAAUGUCUGACGCGCAAGCACAAGCUGGAAUACAAUAUGCACUGCAAAAAACAGGUAAGAAGAAAACUCGAUUUUGGCGUAGCUCUUCCCCUCUGAAGCAAAACAGAAAGGCAAAAAAGAAACGCAAAACUGUUGGCUGUUUGGCUUUUUUUCAGAGAAGACGAAAAAAUGCAGAUCAGACUUCAAAGUCAGAUUAAGACAUUGUAUUUUUAGGUUUCCUGCCCCGGCUGGAAAUAGCUGUGGCGUAUUGUUUCGGGCUGUCUGUCCGUACCAUUCUAGUGAACACAAUAUCUCAAGAACGCCACAAACGUCCACUCGGAGUCAACAAUGAACUGAUUAGAUUUUGGUGGUUGAAGGUCAAAGGUCGAGGUCACUGUGACCUCACAAUACAUGUCACUAACCUUGAAGCUGUAUAGCAUCCAUGUUUUUGUAGACAUGAAUUUAAACUAUGUUUGAAACUCGUAGAGGCUAUAUUGUAGUUUAUUUAUCCUUAUUUACGCCUGACAGUGUUGCCCUCUACUUGACUAAGAUCAGUUAGCAGUCAGACAGUAUGAACAGUGCUGUAAUAAUGUAUUUUUUUUUUUAGUUUGAGUGUCUGUUGGUAGCACUCUUUUGGUUGAUUAGUGUAUUCAAUUAUUUUUGGAAAUGGAAAUGCAUCACAUCCUGUUUUCCGCAGGAUUGUUUCUGUGGAAAGAGCAGCAAAUGUAAAAGGUUUAAUGAGAGUGGGUUUUAUAUUUGGUUUUGAUUUACAGCAUCAGUCUGUGAUACAAUGUAAUGGAAAUUUGAUUAAACAAAAAUGUAAAGGCACAUUUACAGUUAAUUUGAAAUCACCAUUCACAGUCUGAAUAAUCAAACAUUUUUUGUGUUUUGUUGCUUUUCUUACGUUCUUCAAUUUUACAAUUCACACAGUUGAAGAAAUGUAUUUGCCUAUUAUUAUGUUUUAUUUUGAUUUUUUUACUUAUUAAAUUGUUCAGAGAUAUACUGUAUAAAUAGAUAGAUGGCUCUGAAUGUAAUAUGCAGUAUGAUUUUAGACAACAGAUUGUGUGAGUAAAUACAAGUGGAGGUCUUUUUAUAGAUAUUUUAUUUUUACUUUUAUGUUUUCUUAUUUUACUACUAAGUACAGCUUUACAUUUAAUAAGCCUUUUGCACGCUGCACUUGGACUGCAGUGCCCACUGACCAGUGUCUUAGAUGCUUUAGAUUUUAUCACUUUAAACCAAACUAUUGUGGUGAUUUGUGUCAUUUAUAAAAUGUAAAUAUGUGUAUAUAAUAAUAAAGAAAGAGAAA